GGCUUUUACGCUCCACAACAACCCUGGCGCGAGUGAGACUGUAGAGGGGAGAGAGAAUGCGGCAGAAGGCGGGAGCAGACCGUCAGUGGCCGACUGUGGGAGAGGGAAAGAGACGGGAUUCUCGCAUCUUUUUUCUGGCUUCUCCCCACUCCUCUUUCCUGCAUUUGUUCUACCUUUUUUAUCACUACACACCCAUUUCUCUGUCUCCUUCCUGCUGCUGAUUCUGUCCCUCCCUCCCUGGAGUCUCUCUGCUACAUCCCGACUGGGAACUAUCUCUGUCUGUCUUCCCCUUCCUUACCUGUGCCUACCUGACAGUGAGCUUCUCCUUCCGCCGCCUCUCCUCCUCUCUCACUCUUUUUCACUACCACCCUUCUUUCUCUCUCUACCUCAGUUUCAACCCUGUCUUUACUCAGAUUUUUCUUUUCCUCGCAACUGUCCAUCAUCCCGUUGUUUUUUUGUUGUUUUUUUUUUAUGUGAGAAUGCCGGUGCUAGAGGGGCUUUGGGGGCCAGAUUUCAGGAUGCGGGACGCCAGUCUUGGCGUUGGGGUCGAGGUUGGGGUCUGUCCAGAUGAGGCCCCUCGCUCACCAGUCUGGGGUCCUCUCAGGAUGCCUCCAGUGACCUGCGGCGGUCGUCUGUCGCUUGCCCUGGAGCUUCCAGCUCUCAUACGGCAGCUCAGGGCAGCCUGGAGGGCUCGCAGGGGAAGCCCUCUCAGGCCAGAGAGGAGUCAGGCAAGCACUUGGGUGGAAGCAGAGAAGGAAGAGGUAGAGGAGGUGAAGCAUGACAUAGAGGACAGGAGUGCUCAUCUGGAAGCUGAUGGCAGACUGAACACUGAUCAUGCUGGUGUGUUGCUGGUUGAGAGACGAGGCUCCUACCCUCUGAUUGACCUGCGAAUCCUCAAAACCAGUGCCCAGCAGGGGGAGGUAGAGUCUGGCACCAGGAGAAAGGUGAAACGUCUGCUGAGCUUUCAGAGAUACUGCCACGCUUCCAGGCUGCUCAGGGGGUUGGUGCCCCACACCCCGGGGCCACUGCACCUGCUGGACGACGACUACCUGGGACAAGCUGUGCACAUGCUAUCAAAAGUGGGCACCUGGAACUUUGAUAUUUUCCUCUUUGAUCGUCUUACAAAUGGUAACAGCCUGGUGACUUUGAUGUGCCACCUCUUCAAUGUCUACGGUCUCAUUCACCAUUUCCAGCUGGACAUGGUCAAACUGCACAGGUUUCUGGGCAUGGUGCAAGAGGACUACCACUCCCAGAAUCCCUAUCACAAUGCUGUUCACGCUGCUGAUGUCACUCAAGCCAUGUACUGCUACCUGAAAGAGCCCAAGCUGGCCGAGCAGCUGAGCCCUCUGGAUGUGUUCCUGGGUCUGAUGGCGGCAGCCGCCCACGACGUGGACCAUCCUGGGGUCAACCAGCCCUUCCUCAUCAAGACCAGACACCACCUGGCAUCACUCUACCAGAACACAUCUGUGCUGGAGAGCCACCACUGGAGAUCCACUGUGGGCAUGCUGCGAGAGUCAGGACUGCUGUCCCACCUGCCUGCUGACAUGUCGCAGGACAUGGAACGGCAGCUGGGUUCUCUCAUCCUGGCUACAGACAUCAGUAGGCAGAAUGAGUUCCUGUUGACCUUCAGAGAACAUCUGGACAACCAGGACCUGGACCUCCAGCUGGCUUCACACAGGCACUUUAUAUUGCAGAUCGCUCUGAAGUGUGCAGAUGUCUGUAAUCCCUGUCGGGUUUGGGAGCUGAGCAGACAGUGGAGUGAGAGGGUGUGUGAGGAAUUUUACAGGCAGGGUGACCUGGAGAGAAAGUUUGACUUGGAGAUUAGUCCUCUGUGCAACCAGCAGGCUGACUCUGUCCCAGCCGUUCAGAUAGGGUUCAUCUCCUACAUUGUUCAGCCCCUGUUUGAGGAGUGGCACCGCUUCACCGAGCCCAGCUUUCUGAGUCAGACCAUGAUGGGUCACCUACACAAGAACCAGGCCCGAUGGAGCCACCUACGAUGCACACACACACCUUCAGACACGCAAACACACCCCCACACCGAGGAGCCCGGGCCUGAGAGGGGUAGAGGCGAGGGGGAAGACAUCCCUUAAACUUCCCACUGUUUCUUGAGGUGUUUCAUCUUCUUUCGUGAACGGAGGAGAGGGGUGUUUAUCCGCCUCCUUGUUUGUCCUCCAGCGUAUUUUCUCCCUCUGAUGGUUGUUCACAGGCCCUGAAAGUGGGAGCAGUGGAUGGGAGAAUGAUUUGGAUUCGUGAGAGAUGGCUCCCUCUUCUGGAGUGGAGGAGGGAAGGAAAAACAAAAAAGAAGACAAAGAUACAUGGUUGAGCAGAUAGAUGGAUGGAUCUUAGUAAAUAUAUGCUAUAUGACAAAGCGAUGCCUGUCUCUUUAAGCCUGUGAUAUUUGUUUCAAAGUUAGAAAGAGAGAAAAGCAGGAGUUAAAAUGCAAAGGUUGUGGCUGAAAAGGGGUUGCUGAAGAGAAAUAUUAAUGUUUGCACAAUGCUGCUAGAACAAUAAAGAAAUGGAAAAAGCCAAAAUUAUAUACAGCGGGACUGUGCUGGAACAGAUGACAGAAUAUAUGAAAGACAAAGAUAUAUGAAUAUAUCCACUAUAUUAUGCUUUUUAAACUUUUAAACAAUACAUACUGUAUUAAGCUCUUUUCACUUUUGUCUCUUUUUGUACAGCCUGCACUUCUACUGGAUGCUCUUUCAUACAAGUGUCUCACUUGUCUACUUUUCACUGAAGUGCGUUUUUAACUCAAUCACUAAAUCGAUAUGUCAAGGUACUAUAAAGUGUACAGUGUAUUCUGUGUGUAACCUGUAAGACUGAGUGAACUGACUGACAGUUAAUGUCUGGCUAAAAGUGGCUUCGGAUGGAUGUUUCUUGUCUCACUUAUGGGGAGAACACAAAUGAGAGCUUUUUUUUUUUUUUUUUUUUUUAAGUGUUUGUAUUCAUGUAAGUUAAAAACAGUAUAAUCUGUACAUACUGUGAUGUAUGACCUCAGCACUUCACAUGCCAAAAUCUCAGCAAUGUAUUAACCUUUUUACUGGGUAUGGGUACUGGUGUUACCUGUGCAACAACUUAAUGGCUGCGUUUAUUUAUGAUGACCUCACUUUACAAGCUCAUUAACAACAAAGCCUUAACAGCAACUUGGUCUGUCUGUGAAACACAUUUUGUAAUGGAGUUUUACCAUUUAUUUACCAUUUUUACACUUACAGUUUUUUGCCUGUUCUUCUGCAGCCAUACCAGCAUACUGAAAACACACACACACACACACACACACACAAAUUCACGGUACUGUAGCAGCUUGUUUCCUGUUUCAUCUUUCACCAAGUAUCAGGGUCAGCAUUGCCAAGGUGCCAGUGCAGGCCUACUGUUCUGACACAUCGACUCACUGCUGUUACCUCUAUAAGGCGUUUAUGCUUAGUUUCUUUUUACACUUGUGCACUGUGUCUUAUGUCACGAACAGACUUGGGCCAAUUAGUAAUUGCAGAUACCUCUUAUUCUAAUGUGCAAUUUAUUUUAUCCUGCCACGAAUGUCAAGGCAAUAAAGAUGUCUGUUACAGAAAAAUAAAUACCACCAUUCAUUGUUAAUUGUUAAGUUCUAUAAAAUUAAUUGUGUAAAAUGGGCCUUUUAUAUUUAAAAUCUCAGUAGUUAGUCUGUAAUCUAAAGCUUAUGAAGAAUUUGUAAAUACUGGUUGGUCCAAGUGUAAGAUGUACUCAUGUAAAACAGUAAUUUGUUUUUCGUUUUUUUUUUUUUACCUACUUUUGCUCUAAAUAUGUAUUGUUAAGGUGAUCAUAUUUUAGAUUCACGUCUGGCAUGGUGCUAACAGAGGCCCAGGUCCCACGUCUUCCCUGAGCUAUAGAGGGUCCAGUCUGAGCUUUACCCUAUAUUCUACAUACAGCUCAAAUAUUUACGAGUUAUAUUCAUAAAAUCUGUAAAAUACACAUAAAAUGAAUCUCUUUGACAGUUUUUUUUAAAAAAGUAACUGAUAUUAACCUCUCCUAUGAGGUGCAGUGCAAUAAGGUUAAAAAAAGUGGAGAUAAUCAUAUGUAUCGACAGCUGUGCUGAUUAACGAGCAAAUUAUUCAUGUGUCUUCACUCUAGCACUCUGUUGGCUUUGCUCCCAGUAUAAUUGAGCCACAUUAUUGUCUAACGUGCACACUUUUCAUUCUGUGUAAGCCACACAUUGCUGCUGUAGUGCAGCCGUCGUCGGUACAGGAGGCGUCGAGUUGCCUUUCAUUACCUCUCACAAUUAGCACUGAAAACAGGGUUGCUGAGCCAUAAUGGUUUCACUAUUAAGAACAAAUAUGCACUGAGUGGUUAUUAUACCCGAUUCAACAGUACAAUUAUAAUCUUAUUAAAAAGAUUAGUCACAUAAAAUCAGUGAAUUUGCUGUGAUGCUCGGAAGAGAUUCAUUUAGGCCCAAGUAGUUUACAAUACAACCACCCAGAAUGGAUAAAAUUUAACCAGGAAUACCAACAUGUCUGUAAACUAAGGAAGUGUUUUUUAUGUCCAUGUGCACAGGUGUGAUUUUUACUCCCUUGAAGGAUCACACAUGCUUAAAAGUGUUCAGUUUACUAAUCCUGUGGUGCAUCUUCACCUCACAUGUAUUGGUGCUGUCCAGUAGUACAGCCAUAGUCAAACUUCAAUGGUUUGAAUGCAGAACUGAAGCGAGAACGAUGUGAAAAAGUGAACAUGCCACUGUGGACAGCACAGCACCACAGGGUCCAUUUAGUCUGGAGAUUUUGAUCGUAUCACUUGAUCCUUAUGACCCCAGUUGUUGUGGGGUUAAUAGAUGUUUCCAUUUUCUCUGAAUACGUCAGUCCCUCCUUAUCCUCACUGGAUUUAAAGUCAAUUAAGAAAAAUCUGUCACAAUGAGCUCCAUUUAGAAGCUGUUUUCUGAGCUUUCCGUCAUAUCUUAUGCACUACAUCAUGUGCCCAGUAGUCACUGAAUUGUUAGUACAUGCUAACUACCAUAAUUACAAGGUUAUCUGUGCCAGAGUGAUCAUAUGAUUAAUUAUAUUAACCCCUUAAAAUAAAGCCUGAGAUAUCCAAAUGAAUACUUUUAAUGCUAUUUAUAACCCUAACUAAUGGUGUAGCUGAGUUAACAGAGAUGUUUGCACUGUGGUCUAUUCAGUGAUCCAAACAAGAACCUGAAUCUCUCUAUUUUAGUGUUUGAACGGGUCAUCUGACUUCUUGACUGUACAUUUCUGUUCUGACAACCAACCUCUGAGCACUGUGAACAAGAAAAUAAAAUGUUUUUCAUUUAACAUCCAAUGUA